AGGUGGUUGGCAGGAACUUGGGAGAAUGUUGGUUAAUUGACUGUAUUCAAGUUGGAUGUAGAAAGUUGUAAUCCAAAAUAGCAUACAUGGUGAUGUGAUAGGCAACAUAUUUUGAGGACACAUUUAGUUGAUCUCUCGUACUGCGGUUUUUGUCCCGAAGCAUUGCAGCUGGUUCAGAAGCGGUGCCGGGUUCUCUUCCCAAGUCUCUCGACAUAACGAACACGAGACCAGCCAAGCUCGACUCGUAUACUCUCAUGACCAUACAUGCUAAAAUCUGUAAUAUUGCUCUGUGGAUCAGCACCUCGCCUGACUGUGCGACGGAGAUUCUCGGUCUCAUAUUGUACGCUGGUUGCAGUAUGCAAAAGGACUUGUCUGGGAAGAAGCGUCGAGAUCCAGGGGUGAUGAAUGACGGCCAUGAGCCGGCUGCCGGACCUUGCAUCUCAUCCCAUCAAGGGGCUGUGCGUUUGGACGGAUCAAACGGAAUAAAGUGGAGCUUGGCGGAAGAAUCAAGCACCAUUUUUUUGACAUAAAGACAUAUAUGCUCCCUAUUCCGAUGACGGAAAUCUGUGAUCGGUUCAAGAAUAAAUUCUUCGUUUUCUCGUGUUUUUCGCAGUUCCGAUGACCAGCAAAUGGGAAUGCCCAGGCCGGACAAAAAUGGUUUGCCUAAACAACUUUUUCUUCCAUUGGUGACUCUUAGCUUUGGUCCUUCGCAUGCCAGUUGCAUUGCGUUGAAAAACCCAGAUUUUGUUAAAGUAGAAAAAUGAGACUUUCUUAUAGACAAUCAACCCUUCCUUCUUCCCGGCAAUCAACGGUUCCUUCUUCCCGGCAAUGAGAGGAAAUGGAAUGCCAUCAGCGCCGGCAAGCCAUGGCCACAUUGAAGCCACGGAGACUCGAUUUCGCCGGCAGCCCUUGGAUGCUGCACCACCAUGCUUGUCUCGUCUGCCGUCACCCCUUUUUUUGAGUCGCCUUUGUGAUCAUGACCACUGUCCUUGAACGCAGCUCGCAGCCAUAGUCCUUCUCAUUCCAAUUUCUCUCCGUGCUGGCAUUUCUCGAUACUCACAUGUCGUCGUUUCCCUUACCUCCUUUGUGUUAUGGCGUCCCUUGAGCCCCUAAUCCGAGGCGACCGCCCGUGUUACUUUCCCCCUGAACCCUCCCAUCAGCACAAGUUGGCGGAGCACCUCCCGUAGAAUUUAUUUCCCUCCCAUUCUGUCGAGUGUAUACUAGCCAUACGGUUUUUGGGUGAGCAAAGAUCAAUCUCGAUGUGGAAGAUUCACAUUAGCAGCCGAAAUUUUAGGGAUUCAUUCUCAUAGUUUAUCUUGCUCUUUUUGGAUAACUGGUACCUUUAAUUUGCUUUAUCAACAAGGAAGGUUGUUUCUCUCAUUUUGGGUAGUUGCUGGAACGAAGCCUAUAAACCUGGCUGCUGAUAUAUUGCUGAAAACAUGAACUAGAAUCUAAUCUUUGCCGCCGUGAACUAAGGUUCUUGGGGACCGAGCCAAGGUAAUUGUUGUGCUCUCUUGUUCAUUUUCCUCUUCUCUCGUUUCCAUUGUACGUUUUUUGUUCCUUGUUUCUGAUUUAAGAUGGUACCAGAGCUUCUCCCUUUUUUUCUCGUUGCGCUAAGCUCUGAACUGUCGAAUCACAGCAGCAACAACAAAUACGCAUAACACCAACAGAUGAAUCAGUAUGAAACGUUUACCUCCUUGUCGCAACAAAGAUACUUGUCGUCUGCAAGUGCAAGUUUGAAAAAAUCAUACAUGGACUAAAGCAAUCCUCUGAUGAGAAAAGGGUGGGAAGAUCUUCCGAUCGAUAUCCUAGUGAACGUUUUCAAGAGGGUAAGGUUCGACGACCUCGUGAUCGGAGUGCCGGCCGUGUGCAAGCAUUGGCGCGAGGCCUCAAAGGACCCUUCCUGCUGGCAACACUUGGACUUCCUUCAGUACUGGUACCGCAUCUCUCCUAGGAUCUGCUCCGUCCACCAAGGCUCCGCCCCCUUCCACCAGGCGCUCGCCUUCGCAAUUUCUCAGAGCAGGCAAUCAAUGGUGUCCAUCAAAUUUCCGGAAAUGGAAUGGCAGUCUAGCGACCUGCUGUGCCUCGCCAACAGUUGUCCGAACAUCGAGCACCUCUCCUUGCUCUGUCCCAAAGUUCUGUAUGCUGAAGAAUUCAGCCUGGCAAUCAGCAAAUGUACCAAGCUACGGAGCAUGGAAGUUGAUGAUGGAGCCAUUUCCAGCGAGCUGUUGAAGCAGAUCAAUGCUGUUUGCAAGGACUUCACUAGAUUGAAAGUUCUGGGGAACGUUACCGUGGAUAUAGCUUCUGCCAUUGUCAAUCAUCUUCCGAAUCUUCGACACCUUGAUCUCUCUUACUGUAGCUUUUGCCAUGAAGCAUUGCAGCUGGUUCUGGAGCGGUGCCGGGGGGGCCUUAAGUCCCUUGACAUAUCGAAUGCGAGACAAGUCAAGUUCAACCGGUGUAGUUUCAUGUCCAUACGUUGGAAAAUCUGUAUUUUUGCUCUGUCGAUCAGCGACCUUGAUGAAUGCGAGAUUGAAAAUACGAUAGGGCUAGGUGACAACAUCCUACAGGACUUGUCUAAGAAAAAGCUUCGUGAUCUAGGGGUAAUGAGGGCCAUAAGCCGGCUGCGAGGCAUUGCGUCUCACCCCUAUCAAGGGGCUGAACCUGUAGACAGAAAUAGAACAGGCUUAAGCUUGCCGGCAGAAUCGAGCUCCAUUCUGGACGUAAUGGAAGACAUACAUGCUCCUUAUUCGGAUGAUGGGGAUCAGUGAUUAGAGUUCUUUGUCUUCUGGUUCUUUUUGCUGCUGUGGCGAAUGGUGAAUUAGAUUUUUUUUUUUUUUUUUGUCUUCUGCUGCUUUUGCUGUUGUGGUGAGUGAAUGAGAAUGGGAGAGAAAUAGUUGACUCAAGCUCUUUGAAGCGUAUCUUCGCAUACUAUAGUUGCAUUAUGCUUGGAGAACUUUGUAGAAAAUGUUGCUCACCAAG